AUGCCUUUCUCACUCUACGACAUAACCGUCCCCGUCUUCAUCAGGGACCUCAACAUCCUUCAAAACAUCCUCAAGCGAGGCAUCGAACACGCCUCCACCACCUCCUCCGAACAAACCCUCCUCGACUCCCGCCUCAUCGCCGACAUGGAAGCCUUCCCCUACCAAAUCCAGCGUCUCUCCGACUGCGUAAAAGGACUCGCCGUGCGCAUGGGGGGCGUCGCACCGCAAGCCUGGGCCGACGAGGAGAAGACCCUCGCAGAGCUCCAAGAACGGGUCCAAAAGACGAUUGGGAUCUUGGAGACUGUGGACCCCAAGAGCAUGGAUGGGAAGGAGGAUCUCAAGAUUGAGAUUGGGCCGUAUAAGUUUACGGGGACGACGUAUGUGCAGCAGUUUGUGAUUCCGAAUUUUUACUUUCAUCAUGUUAUGACGUAUGCUCUGCUCCGGAAGGAGGGUGUGCAGAUUGGGAAGAGGAAUUAUUUGGGGCAUGUUGUUUGA